AUGCGUGUGGCGGUGGAGGCCAGCACCCUGCAGCAGGAGCGGCUGCAGGCCAUCGCGGAGAAGCGGAAGCGCCAGGCGGAGAUCGAGAACAAGCGGCGGCAGCUCGAGGACGACCGGCGGCAGCUGCAGCACCUCAAGUCCAAGGCUCUGCGCGAGCGAUGGCUGCUGGAGGGAGCCCCGGCCUCUGCCUCCGAGGAGGAUGAGGCGCUCAAGAAGCAGAUGCAGGAGGAUGAGGUGAAGACCAAGGAGCUGGAGGAGACAAUCCAGAGGCUGGAGAAGGAGCUGGAGACGCUGGAGAACGGGAGCUCGGCAGCUUCCACCCGGGAGAACCUGGCGGAGGCGGCGGCGCCGGCACCGGAGGAGAAGGCGGAGGCCGUUCCCAACACCGAGAAGAGUCCCCUGGGCACCGUCAAGGCCGAGAGGAAGGUCUCCAGCAGCCCCAUGAAGGCGGUGGAGGGCACCGACCUGAUGAAAGCAGCCAUGUACUCCGUGGAGAUCACGGUGGAGAAGGACAGAGUGACUGGGGAGACCAAGGUCCUGUCCAGCAGCACGCUGCUCCCGCGGGAGCACUGCCCGCAGGGCGUCAAGGUGUACGAGGACGAGCUGCGAGUGGUGCACGCGGUGAGCGCCGAGGACGCGCUGGCGGGCGGCGCGCAGCCGCUGAGCUGCUCCGAGGUGGACGAGCUGCUGCACAAGGCGGACGAGGCGACGCUGAGCGAGGCGGCGGCGCGGGAGCCUGCGGGCGCCCCGGCCGCGCGGCAGCCCACGCCGCGCCGCGAGAUCACGGGGCUGCAGGCGGCGGCGCGGGAGAGCGCGGCGGCACCGGGCCAGGGCGCCGAGCAGCCCGUCACCAUGAUCUUCAUGGGCUACCAGAACGUGGAGGAUGAGGACGAGACCAAGAAGGUGCUGGGGCUGGAGGGCACCAUCAAGGCCGAGCUGGUGGUGAUCGAGGACGCCGAGAGCAAAGCGGCACCGGGCGCGGGGUGCAAGGAGGCGGCGCCGCCCAACGGCACCGCGCUGGAGCCCGCCCCGGCCGCGCCGCCCCUGGAGCAGAGCUCGCCGGGCGCCGGCACCGCGUGCACCAAGGAGGCCGAGCAGGACACAGACACGAAGAAGCAGCGCUGCAAAUGCUGCACGGUGAUGUGAGCGCCGGGCGGGCGCGCGCCGCCCCGGCC